AUGCAGGAGUCUGAGCCCACCGUGUGCCAGCUGCAGCCUAACAUCAUCUCGGUGCGUCUCUUCAAGAGAAAGGUGGGUGGGCUGGGCUUCCUUGUCAAGCAGCGCGUCUGCAAGCCGCCCGUCAUAGUGUCCGACCUGAUCCGGGGCGGGGCGGCCGAAGAGUGUGGCCUGGUCCAGGUGGGGGACAUAGUCCUGGCCGUCAACAACAAGCCACUGGUGGAACUCAGCUAUGAGCGGGCUCUGGAGACCCUGAAGAAUGUGUCCCCUGAGAGCCACGCUGUCCUCAUCCUUAGGGGCCCUGAGGGCUUCACCACCCACCUGGAGACCACCCUGUCUGGGGAUGGACGUCAGAGGACCAUCAGGGUCACCAGGCCAGCCUUCCCCGCCGCCAAGUCCUACGAGCAUUGCUGUCCGUUAAGCCCCCUCAGCCCGGGGCAGGGAGGCAAAGACCUACAGCAGCUGAGUGCCAUCGAGAACCUGUCCUCCACCUCGGUGACCCCUUCCCGCAGAGAGGCCCUGCUCCAGAGGGGAGGGGUGCAGGCACUGAUCGCAGCCCAAGAUCCCAUGCUCAGAGACGGGGGCCGGGGGGCGCUGCUGCUGAACGGUGUGGAGGAGAACAACGACAUGCUGAAGGAGAUAGAGCCGGUGCUGCGGCUGAUCAAGAACAGCAAGAGGGAGAUCAACGGAGAGGAACAGAGGACCAUAGAGAGGAGGGACGCUGAGGUGCAGGUGGACCGGUGAGCUGAUCUAUUGACCCUGACCAUACAUAACUACGCAUACACAGUAGUACAUCACCACACACCACAACACAGUGAUCAUUUAGUUGGUUAGAUGGUAGAAUGAGAAUACUACUGCAGGCUAAUUAUAGAUCUCUACAUUUCUAGUGUUUCUUUUCACAUCAGGGAGCAGUUGGUCCGUGACGGAUAGAUAAAAAGGUUUCAAUCUGAUUCUUGCAGUUAUUUUCUUUGGAGAGCUCCUAUUGGUGCAAAACACUAAUGUCCAAACCCACUCAAAGGCCUGCAGUAGUGAUUGUACUGUAGACACGGACAUCUUACAUCUCCUGUGUACAUGUAUCCAAUCUAAAUCUGAUUGAGAGAGCAUGGUACAUACAGUAGUUCAAUCAAUAGCACUGAGUCGACCCCCUAUGUGUGCUCUGCUGGCUCCCAUCCUCAAAUGAAUCAUAGCUUUUUUGGAAAAUGGAUGUAAUAUGCACUUUAAGUCUACCUCAAACCAAAGCACUGUGGAAAUUCUAUUGUGGUUGAUUAAUAGCUAUGGUACUUUAACACAAAUUAGCUUUAAAUGCAUCCUGUAUUUUAGACGGGCAGACUGAAAACGUGUUGGCAUUUGAGACAGGAAAGAGUCGGCUAGCUAACCUGAUUUCCUUGUUAGGGCUAUGAUGACGUUCAGAUAUGGCGAAGCUCGAUCACUAAAGAGGCUCUCCAAAGAGCACCCAAUAGAGGUGAAGGAUUAUAGAAAAUGAAAUUGCGGUAUUGGGUAUUGACUCAGCCUUCACUGUUAUCUGACUAUUUGCGCAGUAUCAUCUUGCUAAUAAGUUGAUAGCUGUUGAACUGAAAUAGAACAGCACAUUAACUAGAAGAGCUAUUUAUACCAAAAGCUGUUUUCACGCUGAAGGCUCUAUUUUCGGCUGGAGCUACGUUGCUUGCGUUGAUGUGGGAGGGGUGGCAAUAUUUGAUGUGUCCUUGAAAACAAGCGCAAAAGUGAAAAAUUCAUGCAGCGCAUAUUGGGUGAUUUUUAAGACCAACGAAAAGCAGGUUGGUAAAUAAAAAUCCAUGUAGGCUACGUGUCCAUAUGCCCAUCAUGAAAUGAGAGAUUAGAUAAUGCUAGUUGACCUUGUAUUUAGAACUUAUAAAUACAAGGUCAAAAACCAAAGCCUCCAUAGGCUACCCUUAAGUGUAUGCCUAUAGGCUAUAACGAAGGCUGGUUCAACAGCAAACCAUAUACACUACCAGUCAAAAGUUUGGACACACCUACUCAUUCGAGGGUUUUUCUUUAUUUUUAUUAUUUUCUACAUUGUAGAAUAAUAGUGAAGACAUCAAAACUAUGAAAUAUCACAUAUGGAAUCAUGUAGUAACCCAAAAAGUGUUAAACAAAUCAAAAUCUAUUUUAGAAUCUUCAAAGUAGCCACCCUUUGCCUUUGACAGCUUAACACACAGUCUUGGCAUUCUUUCAACCAGCUUCACCUGGAAUGCUUUUCCAAAAGUCUUGAAGGAGUUCGCACAUAUGCUGAGCACUUGUUGGCUGCUUUUCCUUCACUCUGCGGUCCAACUCAUCCCAAACCAUCUCAAUUGGGUUGAGGUCGGGGGAUUGUGGAGGCUAGGUCAUCUGAUGCAGCACUCCAUCACGCUCCUUCUUCGUCAAAUAGCCCUUAUACAGCCUGGAGGUGUGUUGGGUCAUUGUCCUGUUGGAAAACAAAUGAUAGUCCCACUAAACCCAAACCAGAUGGGAUGGCGUAUCACUGCAGAAUGCUGUGGUAGCCAUGCUGGUUAAGUGUGCCUUGAAUUCUAAAUAAAUCACUGACUGUGUCACCAGCAAAGCACCCCCACACCAUCACACCUCCUCCAUGCUUCACGGUGGGAACCACACAUGCGGAGAUCAUCCGUUCACCUACUCUGCGUCUCACAAAAACACGGUUGGAACCAAAAAUCGCAAAUUUGGACUCAUCAGACCAAAGGACAGAUUUCAACUGGUCUAAUGUACAUUGCUUGUGUUUCUUGGCCCAAGCAAGUUUCUUAUUAUUAUUGGUGUCCUUUAGUGGUGGUUUCUUUGCAGCAAUUCGACCAUGAAGGCCUGAUUCACGCAGCCUCUUCUAAACAGUUGAUGUGUCUGUUACUUGAAUUCUGUGAAGCAUUUAUUUGGGCUGCAAUUUCUGAGGCUGGUAACUCUAAUGAACUUAUCCUCUGCAGCAGAUGUAACUCUAGGUCUUCUAUUCCUGUGGCGGUCCUCGUGAGAGCCAGUUUCAUCAUAGUGCUUGAUGGUUUUUGCGACUGCAGUUGAAGAAACUUUCAAAGUACUUGACAUUUUCUGUAUUGACUGUCGUUUCUCUUUGCUUAUUUGAGCUGUUCUUGCCAUAAUAUGGACUUGGUCUUUUACCAAACAGGGCUAUCUUCUGUAUACCCCCCCUACCUUGUCACAACACAACUGAUUAGCUCAAACGCAUUAAGAAGGAAAGAAAUUCCACAAAUUAACUUUUAACAAGGCACACCUGUUAAUUGUAAUGCAUUCCAGGUGACUACCUCCUGAAGCUGGUUGAGAGAAUGCCAAGAGUGUGCAAAGCUGUCAUCAAGGCAAAGGGUGGCUACUUUGAAGAAUGUCAAAUAUAAAAUAUAUUUUCAUUUAACACUUUUUUUAGUUUUUUGGUUACUACCUGAUUCCGUAUGUGUUAUUUAAUAGUUUAUGUCUUCACUAUUAUUCUACAAUGUAGAAAAUGGUAAAAAAAAAAAAAAAACUUGAAUGAGUAGGUGUGUCAAACUUUUGACUGACUGGUACUGUGCAUUCGGAAAGUAUUCAGACCCCUUGACUAUUUCCACAUUUUGUUGCCUUACAGCCUUAUUCUAAAAUUGAUUAAAAAAAACACAUUUAAUCAUCAAUCUACACACAGUACCCCAUAAUGACAAAGCAAAAAGAGGUUUCUUGAAGUUUUUGCUAAUUUAUAUAAAAAAAUACACAUUUACGUAAGUAUUCAGACCCUUUACUCAGUACUUUGUUGAAGCACCUUUGGCAGGGAUUACAGCCUCAAGUAUUCUUGGGUAUGAUGCUACAAGCUUGGCACACCUGUAUUUGGGGAGUUUCUCCCUUUAUUCUCUGCAGAUUCUCUCAAGCUCUGUCAGGUUGGAUGGGGAGUGUCGCUGCACAGCUAUUUUCAGGUCUCUCCGGAGAUGUUCGAUCGGGUUCAAGUCCGGGCUCUGGCUGGGCCACUCAAGGACAUUCAGAGGCUUGUCCCGAAGCCACUCCUGCGUUGUCUUGGAAGGUGAACUUUCGGCCCUGUCUGAGAUCCUGAGGAUCACCAAGGAUCUCUCUGUACUUUGCUCCAUUCAUCUUUCCCUCGAUCCAGACUAGUCUCCCAGUCCCUGCUGCUGAAAAACAUCCCCACAGCAUGAUGCUGCCACCACCAUGCUUUACCGUAGGGAUGCUGCCAGGUUUCCUUCAGACUUGACGCUUGGCAUUCAGGACAGAGUUCAAUCUUGGUUUCAUCAGACCAGAGCAUCUUGUUUCUCAUGGUCUGAGAGUCUUUAGGUGCCUUUUGGCAAACUCCAAGCUGGCUGUCAUGUGCCUUUUUACUGAGGAGUGGCUUCCGUCUGGCCACUCUACCAUAAAGGCCUGAUUGGUGGAGUGCUGCAGAGAUGGUAGUCCUUCUGGAAGAUUCUCCCAUCUCCACAGAGGAACUCUGGAGCUCUGUCAGUGACCAUCAGUUUCUUGGUCACCUCCCUGACCAAGGCCUUUCUCCCCCGAUUGCUCAGUUUGGCCGGGCGGCCAGCUCUAGGAAGAGUCUUGGUGGUUCCAAACUUCUUCCGUUUAAGAAUGGAGGCCACUGUGUUCUUGGGGACCUUCAGUGCUGCAUACAUUUUUCGGUACCCUUCCCCAGAUCUGUGCCUUGACACAGUCCUGUCUCGGAGCUCUACGGACAAUUCCUUCGACGUCAUGGCUUGGUUGUUGCUCUUACAUGCACUGUCAACUGUGGGACCUUAUAUAGACGUGUGUGUGCCUUUCCAAAUCAUGUCCAAUCAAUUGAAUUUACCACUGGUGGACUCCAAUUGUAGAAACAUCUCAAGGAUGAUUAAUGGAAAGAGGAUGCACCUGAGCUCAAUUUCGAGUUUCAUAGCGAAGGGUCUGAAUUCUUAUGUAAAUAAGGUAUUUCCGAAUGCACUGUAUAAGAACUACUCUUGUUAUUUUUGAGUUUCUGAGUUUUUUUAAUUUUUAUAGCCUAUAUCUUUUGGUAACCCAUUCAAUUUUCCACCACAAAACAAUGGCCAAAAAGAGUAUAACCAGCUCGCCUGCUUUUACAGUAUGAUUUAACUAUUCAUGUUUAAUAUUGUUUUUACAAGAGUUCAGUCCACGUAACAGGGUUGACCUUAAAAUGACGGACUUUAUUUUUUUUAUUUUUUUUGUGCCUAAAAUGAAUCUGUAAUGAAAUAAUAAUUUUCAGAAAUUAAUGUUAUAGCAAACAAAAUAACUAGGGCCUUACAAUGAUGGUGAAAACCUGGAGAAAUGUUUGGGUUAAGUGCGUUAAUCUUUAUACUGUAGAAGUGAGGGUGCACAGAGGGUCAUGUCAAAAUGCAUAAUUUUUGCACUUUAGCAAGUCUUUUAUUCAUUUAUAAAACUUUUUUUUUUUUUUUUCAUGUGGUCUAUAUUAAAUGGCACUUCAUUUAAUAUAGCAGGCUUUUACAAUUCAAUAUUGGUGCAUAAUGUCUACUUAACAUAUCAAAGGGACUCAUUUCAUGGAAAGACCCAGAUGUUAGUUAGAUGUAUAUCUGCUUGCCCAUAGAUGUUAGUUAGAUGCUGUACUUCAUCUGUAUGUUGUUUUUAAUGGAAUUGUUUCUCUAAGUGUUUUUUAGUUGGGGUUAGGGUAAGGGGGUUAGGGUUAUUGUUUCUGUACGUCUGACACCACAGUAACUGUCAUUGCAUUAGUAGUAAAUUAGUUAUUGUAUGUUACGCAAUUGUUUGGCAAGAUCUCAGUGUUUUGAUUUAGUUCAGGGGAGCGUUUCAUCUAUGUUUUGAUGUCUCUCAAAGUGAAGACGUAAUAGGGGGUUUAAGACCAGAUGUUAACACACACAGACCCCUACCUUAAACGGAAAUAUAUGUGCCUUGCAGGGACCUUGGUAUGGGAAACGGUAUGUCACCCCAGCUGGCGUCUGAUAAGGAUAGUGUGUGUGAAGACCUGUGGAGGAAGGACAACAACAUGCAGACAGUGCUCACCAACCCUUAUUCUGAGAAGGACAAGGUAAAAACACUCAACUAUGUUUGUGUGCACUCUUAGGUUCUAGACAGCACCUUUUUUUCCCCCUAAGGAAAACACUUUUUGGUUCCAGGUAGAACCCUUUUGCUUCCAGGUAGAACUCUUUACACAGAUGGUUCUUCAUGGAACCCCAAAGGUUCUCCUAUGGGGACAACCGAAGAACCCUUUUGGAACCCUUUUUUCUAAGAGUGUGUGCAUAUUUUUAUGAGUGCAUCCACUUGUGAAAGUCUAUCCUCCCGUAUGUGUGUAAGCGUAUGCUAGCCCAUGGCUAUCUCCUAGAGUCGCACAUAACAUAUGCUUCUAUAACCUCCUAAUCUAUACAUUGCAUGUUCCUUGUUCUUGGAAUUCUUAGAGCUUCCUGUGACUGUGAAUGAGCAUCAUAACAAGGCAAAGCCCCUCUUGGCUCAAGAUCUCAUCACUUGGGCAUUCGAUCCUUCCAGCUGAUAGCUGUCAGAGCAUAUGAGACGUGUAAGCUGGAUUUCAUGGAGAGUCUGGUUGUGACUGGAGUGGAGAGAGAGCCAGACCCCUGGCUCUGUGUGUGCGUCUACACGCACGUUUGCGUCAUAAUCCGUACAUGGCCCCAUGAUGAUCCACCCACUUGUGACGUAGGCUGGGCUGCUUGAACCGCCUGCUCUCGUAGUGAAUGAGGCCGGAUGGAGAGAAACGAUCGACGGAACUAUUGAAUGUGUGCAGCUGUGGUCGCCGAGGGAGAUGAUUCAUCUUUCGCCUCUGAUUUGGCCCUCUCCAAAUUAGGUAUUUUGAGGUUCCCUCCAUUUAGGUCUUUGAGGUCUGGAGGGAUACGUGUGCGUGCGUGCGUAGUGGGGAUCUACCAUUUGAUUCUCUCAGCCAUUUUCCAUAUUUCCUUGAUCAUUUGAUGGUGAAGCAGGGCGUCCAUCUGUUGUGCAAUACGUCAUUCUCCAUCGUACGAGGGACCAGGAGAGACGGGAGGCUACAGAACUACCAAAUGACAAGGUUGUAGAGUUGAAAUUUGUAUUUCAUUAAGAUGGAAAGGGCUUGACGAUAGGCUUGGAAUGAUUCUUUUUCACCUUAGGGGAGGACUGUCCUGAACUCUGGCUGUGCCUUGUGCUGAGCUCACUGCUAAAGUUUCUACUGUAUCAUUGACUGGUUAAUAAGUAGAGGUGACAGGUUCUGGAGAUUUGGCUCUCCUUUGAUGCACCUCAGGAUAAGCAGAAGUAGCACCGUGCAAGAAGUUCUCUUGUCCUGUGUUCUUCUGCAUAAUAUCGCUGAAUAGAUCCAAGAGUUCAACCAGUCAAACUCUGUCAACUGAUAAAAUAAAUAUGUUUUUCUUCAUUCCCCCAAUUCAUGAUUCAUGUUAUUAAUGUUAAUUGAAGAACUUGUUCUCGCUCCUACUUACACUUUACAUGUUCAUUGUACUCAUCUGCCUUCCUCUGGCUGUUUGACUACGGGGGUAAUAAGCUCUCUUUCUGUGGCCUAGCUGCACAAUAAGCUUUCUGUAUAGAGGAACUUGGAUAUGAUGACAAUGGAACACGUUUUUAAUGCAUCCUAUCGCUGGCUGGGUGGGUGAGCGUUUCGUCUGGGCACAGAAUCACUUCUAUCGCUGAGGAAUCAAAAUUAAUUGACGGGUCUCCCCUCCUAUUCUCUGAAAUCAUUGGGCCUCGAUUGACGUUUUUGCAUUCAUCCCCUCAGCAAGCGCUACAAUUACACCUGUUGUUUGAGGUUCCUUCACCGCGUGGUUUCGCAAUCACUCCUCUUGAGAGAUGAUGAUGAUAAGAGGUAUUACAAGGUGUGGGAUAGAUUUCCUUUUGAUUUGAGGUUCAGCCGCAUGGAGAGAUCUGAGUACUUUAAGAGACUAGAAUCAAUUCAAUACAACAAUCAAACUUGUGGUAAAUUACAUUCAUUCAAGCAAUCAUCACAUAAUAACCACACCAUAGUAGACAAGCUGAGGGAGCUGGCAAUUAGCAGCCAAUCAUGCUAGUGUUUAAUGAUGCUGAUUACCUUUCUACGUGAUGAGGGGUGUGUGUGUGUCCUGUCUCUCACUGGCUGCGUUUACACAGGCAGCCCAAUUAUGAUAUUUUACCCUACUAUUGGCAAAAGAUUUGAUCUGAUUGGUCAAAAGACCAAUUGGUGGAAAAAAUAUCAGAAUUGGGAUUUAGACGGUAAGAGGCUGAGAAAAGAAUGCUGCUGGUGGACUUAUGUUGGCGCUCCCAUUUGGAGUCCGUGGUAGGGACCUUCUCUAUCGGUCUCUGGCUACGUUUACACAGGCAGCCCAAUUCAGAUUUUGUUUUUUUGCCCCGAUUUAUUGCCAAAGAUCUAAUCUGAUUGGUCAAAAGACCAAUUAGUGGCAAAAUAUCAGAAUUGUGUAAACAGCCUCUCUCUCGCUCUCCUUUUCCCUCUCUACCUAAAGUUCUUAUCUCAAACCUCUACUCAGGGGUGGGUUCGAAGGCCAUCUCAGUAGAAGCGUUAUGCGCUACUCUACAGACUAAAAUGUAUUAAUUAUCUUAAACAUCCGUCUCUUCCCUCCAGCCUCCAGCACAGGGGAGGAUCUCCCCUGACAAGGCUCUCCAGAAUGGCAGCCCCUCCAAAUGCCCACGCUUCAUGAAGAUCAAGAAUGUGGAGACUGGAGUCACGUACAACGACACUCUACACCACAGCUCUAGUAAGGUACGGAACGGUAUUUUCUUGUCUGCAGAACAGUGGCUUCCUCUCAUCAAUCAAUCGAUUAGUCAAUUAGCUAAUCAAUUAGCCAAUCAACUAACCGUUCAAUCAAUCCAAUCAGUUUGUACAUGUCUAGCCAUUUUCUUACAAAUACAUUUGUCACAAAGUGCUUAACUGCAACCCCCUAGCGCAAGACCUAAGCAUAUAGCCAUUUAUCUGAAUAGACAACUCUACAGCCGUCGGCUUGGUCUUUUAACAUCAGCCUAGCUAAUUACUUCAGCGACUUAUCGGACGACAGCCUACUAUGUAUCCCAAUGAAUAGGCUUCUAAUAGUGCAUCUUCAGAUGUAUAAUAUAUCACAUAAUGUUUUGUCUCAGCCAUAAAGGACAGCUGCGUGGCAUGAAUGCCCAGAGCCUUAUGGCGAGCGGAUGUUGUGAGGCGAGUGAUUUUAUUUUUAACACUCUGACUCCGCUCAUCACCCUCUUUUUUUUUUCCCUUUCUCUCUCAAUAUAUCUCUCUCGCUUUCUCCUUCCAUCACCUAGUCAUUCUCAGCGGCCGUGUAAUUGUGCAUGUUGUUUACUUCUGGGACUUUGCAACUUUAGCGAGCGUCACGUUGAAUUGGAUGGCUGGGGUUGGUUGAGCAGGGGAAGGGGGGUUUGGGACAUAACCUGAGUGGCUGGACAGUGCGGGUGGGUGCGCUGUUGAGUUAUUGUUACAUUUCCACUCUGGGUUUGUGCUCGGGCGACCGUUUUCUCCCUCUUUCCCCCUCUGCCACUAAUCUGGUGACUGCAUUAACAGCUACCCAAAGUGACAGCGCACUUCAAUUAUAAUUGUAUUCCUCUGACCAUACAAGGUUGGUCUGGGUGAUGAUCCGUCUCCUUUUUUUUCUGUGUGUGUGUUCCCCCUCUUUCCUCUGUUACUUCUCCUGUCUGUGUGUUCUCUGUGCUCAAUUGAAGGCUGCCACUAUGACUCAAUGACUAAUUCAGUCAUUCUGGACAUAUACGUCCAGGGGCAAUCUGCAGUUCAAACAAUUAGUGUCACCCGGCCACUGUUUUGGUAAAAAGCUGAGGGAUGGGGCUAGAGAAAUGUAACCGCUCUCAGAUUCAUAGACCGAGCUAUAGAUGCAAGGAAUGACCAUCCAUGAUAUUAAAUUCUUAACCAUGUUUUGAGGCUAUGUUUACUAACAUUGGCGUAAAACCAAGCUUAUAUUUUGGGUUCUGAUUGGGUACAACAGUUGAACUAAGCUCAUUGGGCAUUUAUAAGUUAUAUACCCAUUUUGAUUCUUGAAUAAUAUAGAAUUAAUUUAAAAGUCAAAGAAUGGAUGUACCAAUCGCAGAUUUAAUGGAAUGAUCAAUGAGCGGGCUUCAUGACAUUUUAAGUCAAGCACCCUAGACUUGUUGUUCUGACAGGAUAACAAGGGGGUGGUAAAUUACACUACUUUACUCUUACAUGAAUACGUCUGUAGGAGAGGGAGCGUAAAAGCGGGAGAAGUAGAGAUGGAGGGGGAAGUAGAGAUGGAGGGGGAAGUAGAGAUGGAGGGAGAAGUAGAUGAGAGGGUUUCCAAGUGCUAUGGAAUCCAUGUGAACUGAACAAAGGACCUGUGUCAGGAGGCCACAGGGGGCUGGGCUGUGUGAUCAGAUGGAAGCCACAAGGAAAUUCAAGGCUCUGAUGACUUAAAGCAUUGAUGUGAUGUCAUCCACAUUGCCUUUCAGUUGCCGCUCUGCACUGAGCGUGUGUGUUUCGGGUCCAUCAUGACACCUAGCCAGGGGAGCCGCAAGCCAGAUGAAUCUCGGACCAAAGAGGAGCUGCUGCCGCUGGCUACUGACUUCAUAGACCAGUACUACACCUCCAUCAAAAGGCAAGAAAGUUACACUGACCCUAUACUGUAGCUACUUUAAGAACCUUUGGAUGUACUUGCCUGCAUCCCUCAUUGCCAAAAUUCCCACCAGUAGUACAAAUGCAGUUUUGUUUUUCCUCACAUACAUUUGAUGCAAAUAGUAAUCUGUGUUACUUUAGAGUAUUUCUUUCUGUGCUUCUCAUGCAUCUGUGCACACAAUGUUUUAAUGCAAGAAAUACUCCAAAUCCAAUCCUUUUUACAUGUCCUUGUUUUACUUUACUCUCUGUCCUCGUUGCUGUGUUCAUCAGGUUUGGCUCGAAGGCCCAUGUGGACCGGCUGGAGGAGGUGACUAAGGAGAUUGGGGUGUCAGGGACGUACCAGCUGAAGGACACUGAGCUGAUCUACGGAGCCAAGCACGCCUGGAGGAACGCUGCCCGCUGUGUAGGACGCAUCCAGUGGUCCAAACUACAGGUAGGAAACUCAGAUUAAAUGCGCUGUGUAGGCAGGAUUCAGUGGUCCAAACUAUAGGUCAGAAACUCGAUGCUCAAUGUUAAAGUAACUGCCCAUUGUUUACCGAUUUUUAUGAAAUAUGACCUAUAAUUAGUUACAAUAUCAGUGAAAUAGUCUUCAAUUUAAAAAUAAGUAUGUUAAAGAUGCACUAUGCAAAAAUCACUCCUCCAUAUCCUGGUUGCUCAAAUUCUAAUAGUUAGCCUAAUUUCAGUUUAUGUGACAAAACAAGCAAGUACAGUGUAGAGGAUCAUUGUACCAUCUAAACUGCUGUGAAAUCUAUUUUCCAUAACCAAAAAUAUUGUAUUUUCAGCUGUUUUUGAAGCUAGUGUAUAAAACUGAAAGUAAAAGACUCAAAAACCAAACAUAUGCACAGGAAGCAUUAGAAAUAACGCUCAUAGAACAUAUCUACCGUUUCUUAGACUUGCUUUCAGUGAGAUUGACAGAUCUAUAACUCAUUUCUAUGUGAAUUUGGUCAGGUCACCCAAAAAAGUGACAUUGCAUCUUUUAAAAAGGAGAUUUUCGGUGUUGGAAUGGUGUGGGCGUACUCCAACAACAGAAUGGUGUGGGCGUAUACCAGUCAUAAAAAAUAUCCAUGCAAGUAGACUGCUGAUUGGCCAGCUCAUUCUCCUCAGGGAGAUAACAUCAUGUUCUAUGAGAAAAUGGCAAGCAUUUUUGGUGUGUUUGAGAUACAACAGUCUGUUUUGAGGUGUUUUUUUCUUUUUUAAAGUGUUUAUUUUUUCAGAUUUAUGCUUUGGCCACAUGAGUCAACAACAUUAUUUGGGUAUGAGUCAACAACAUUACUUGGGUAUGAGUUAACAGAAUAUGAACUUUUAAAAGUGAGAUUUUCACUGGGCGGUUAUAUUAAAAUCAAAUCUCCCUACCAUCACAUCUAAGCCAAUAUGACAUCAAUUACGAUAAACUUAAAAAAUCAACUUGGCUGGAGGUACACAACACAUUCCCCGCCUCUCGUAAUGAUCCGUGAAUAUUCAUGAUCUGUGUAAUCUAGCAAUAUUUGUGAUUUAAUAUGUGCUGAAUUAUAAAAGUUUGAACUUUGAAAAAUAAAUGCAUUGCAGAGUGAUGUUUCACCAUUUCAACAACAUAUUGGCUGUGAUGUCGCUACACAUGUUGAUGGAGGCAGGCCAGACAUCGCAGGUCAAACGUUAGUAGUGAAACAAUCAAAUAAACGCUGAUGAUGAAAGUGAUAUCUAAUGGGAAUCAAAUCACACUAAUGGAGUAUGCCGCUAUUCAUUUUUUCCCCUAACAAUAUAGCAUAAAUGACAACAUGCUUUCACUGAGGUCCUUGGAUUCUUUGUGUUGAGUUGUUUGUAUGAGUGACGAAGACCUUCAGGUCGAAACAUUGCACUCAAUUAAACUGUGGUAGCAUUUCCUAUCCCACUGGGCACAGACAUCAGUUCAACAUCUAGUUUUGGAUUUGCUCAACUGAAUGUAAAUCAAUCAGUUUUCCAAGUUGAUUCAACGUCCUCACGUAGAUUUUUUUGAGGGGGUUUGAAAUGACGUGGAAACAACUUUUGAUUCAACCAGUUUUUGCCCAGCGGGAUCAUUACAUGAUUUUCUAACAGGUAUUCGAUGCCAGAGACUGCACAACGGCUCAUGGAAUGUACAAUUACAUCUGCAACCACAUCAAGUAUGCCACUAACAAAGGCAACCUGAGGUGAGUCGGCAGUGUUGUCUGUCCCUGUGCCUUUUUCUCAAUGUUGUCUGUCGGCCUCUUUUCUGUGUUUAUUUCCUCUCUAUGCUCGUCUGGUCUGUCACUCUCUUCCCUUUGUCCAGUUUCUCUAUCUGGCUCUCUUUCUGUUUUAUCUCCCUCCCUUUCUGUCACCUUGAAUCUCUCUGUCUCUCUCUUUGUCUCCCUCUGUUCCCUGUCUGUCAAUCUCAACUGCGUCUCUCUAGUGAGGUAGACUUUCCUCCCAGCCAGGAUCAGUCCAAUACAGCUCUGCCAAGCCUAACCACACACCAUGACACCAAGUCUUUACUCCCCAAUUAAUAAACAACAUAGGGGGGUUAGUUGAGCCACACGUUGCUUCUAGGAAACUAUACACAAAAGGUCCAAAAAAUUGAUUUUCACAAAGUCAAAUUAAUUUGUUAUAGGUUUCCUGAUGCUAGAAUAUGAGGUCCUAAACCAAGCAUUAAAGUGCAUUCUUGUAGCAGUGUGGGCUAAUGUAGUUACAAUGUUUGCCUUGGUAAGUUGAGCCAAUGGCCACCAUACCCCAUACAAAUGAUGAUUUUACAUUUUGUCCGCAUAAUAUGCGUAGUAUUUUUACAAUGUGUCAUGCAUAGUGCAUUUUUAUUGUUACAGAGCGGACAUCAUCAUGCCCUGUGUAUACAAAUGUAAAGCAAGCGGAGGUGUAGCACCCCUUGAGGUUCUUAAGAGAGCAGCCAAGGACGUGAGGGAAGGGAACAAGUCCAUUCGAGCUGCAGCAAGGGAUGGGGGGAAAGCGAAUGAAUGACACUGAAGAGUUACAUUGACAAAAAAGAAAAUUAACAUGUACCUGUGCGAAAGAGAGGCUAUAAUAGAGUAGCAGAGCCAGAGGCACACAAGGUCUUAUCUGAUGACAUGGAGUCUGAGCUUGCUAAACAUAUCAAUAAUCUCGCGAACCAGUUUCAUGGGCUUAGUAGCCUCAAAUGCAGAGAACAUGCCUAUGAAUUGGCACAUGGAAACAACAUCCAUGUCCCAGACAACUGGUUAAUAAAUGGAAGGGUAAGUGAUAUUGAACAGGGAGAUCUAUAUCUGAAUGUAGAAUAUACCACACCCCAAUUCCAUGAAUUAAACUUUGACCUACCAGGACCAUCACCCACUGUCACAGGACUCCAUCACCCACUUACCCCAAGGCGGCUCAACUUACCCUGUCCCUAUGCUCAAUUUACCCCAUACCCGGGGUAAGUUGUGCCAAGAGACCACUUUUUGGGGGGACAAGCUAUGUUUUCAAGACGUAUGUUUUACAUGAAUUCUGAUUAUUUCCAGGGAUACACGACAUCCUGAAAUAUAUGUAGUUAUCUUUGUUAGAAAGAAUACUAUAUUUCCCUUGACGUAGUGGUGUAACAAAUGUCUCAACAUACCCCACUCUCCCCUACUUAUCAGUGUCUGACUCAUCACUGCACUGAGUCAAUUAACCUCACAUCACAUUCCCAAAGACCGCUGAUACUAUACAUCAAAGAAUACUUAGCCACAGUCAGCAUGUAGCAGAAGCCUGAUAGCAAAUCAGUUUGAGCUUUAGCCAACUCCUCUGUCGGGUUUGUGCAUGGCAUAACAACAAAUGAAGGAGUUGGCUGAAGCACAAACUGAUCUGCGGCCAGGCUGCUUCUUCUUAGAUUCAGACCCCAAAACAAUCUGAGUUUUUUAUAUUGUCAAUUCUCCUCUCAUUCUUUGGGCUUGUAUUGACUACGGAGGACACUAGUUUCUCUGUAAGGCAAGCAUAGAGAUUGGUGCCCAGAGACACAUGGUUCCUCUGGGACAGAGACUUACAGCCAGAUUAGUAGAAUCAACCCUUUUGCCCUGUCAUGGCAUUAGCUUAACCCAAAAGGAUAGGUUCAGUAGUGGGGAACUAAAGGUAACUGAGCUUUGGGCCCGUCAGCCUUCCUAACCUGCCUUACCCACAACCUCCUAAAUUAAACUUCCCUAAACCAUUAGACAUUAAUUUGUUGCAUUGCUAAUCUAUAGAUUCUGUCUAUAAACUCAUCAUUAAACUUUCUCUCUGGGGGCUGGUGGGUUGUUUUCUGUUUCUAUCCAGAUCUGCCAUUACCAUAUUUCCUCAGAGGACAGAUGGCAAGCACGACUUUCGGGUGUGGAACACACAGCUGAUUCGCUACGCUGGUUACAAGCAGCCCGACGGUCAGAUUCUGGGAGACCCAGCCAACGUGGAAUUCACUGAGGUACAGUAAAAUGACACUGUGGUCACUGUUAUUCAAUUAUUGUUCGUAAGAGUGAAUUAUUGUUCGUAAGAGCAUGGAAUAUGUGUCCCUCAUGGGAUUUGAAAUCGCAAACUUUGCCUUGUCAGUUUCAACCCACUGAACCACUUACAGUAGAUCACAAAACCUGAAAGUGUUCAAUGUCUUUAUAUAGCAUGCCUCCGAGCAAGGCCAAAGCUCUGACUAAAACUGGAGUGGAAACGACCAAACAGGAGUUACACAACUAAAUUACUUGAGUGAGUCCAUAUAAAAUCUUUAUGAAAUGUGUUGGUUUUGGUCACUAGAUCUGCAUCCAGCAGGGCUGGAAGGCUCCUAAGGGUCGUUUCGACGUGCUGCCCCUCCUGCUGCAAUCCAAUGGGAACGACCCAGAGCUGUUUGAGAUCCCUCAAGACCUCAUUCUGGAGGUGCAGAUCACACACCCCAAGUGAGUGCGACCACACAUACACACGUCCAAGUGUCAAACACAGAGUGAUACACGAACAGUCUUAUGGCUUGGGGACAUUAAAAACUGUAUCUUAUGUUUCACCAAGUCGUGGCUAAACGGAGACAUGAAUAACAUACAGCUGGCGGAUUAUACACUGUAUCGGCAGAAUAGAACAGCAGCCUCUGGUAAGACUAGGGGUGGCGGUCUAUGUACAUUUGUAAACAACAGCUGGUGCACGAUAUCUAAGGAAGUCUCAAGAUUUUGCUCGCCUGAGGUAGAGUAUCUCAUGAUAAGCUGUAGACCACACUAUCUACCAAGAGAGUUUAUCUGUAUUCUUCAUAGCUGUCUAUUUACCACCACAAUGCUGGCACUAAGACCGCACUCAAUGAACUGUAUACGGCCAUAGAAAAACAGGAAAACGCUCAUCCAGAGGCAUCGCUCCUAGUGGCCGGGGACUUUAAUGCAGGGAAAAUGUUUAUCCGUUUUACCUCAUUUCUACCAGCAUGUUAAAUGUAUAACCAGAGGGGGAAAAAACUCUAGACCACCUUUACUCCAGAGACGUGUACAAAGCUCUCCCUCGCCCUCCAUUUGGCAAAUCUGACCAUAACUCUAUCCUCCUGAUUCCUGCUUACAAGCAAAAACUAAAGCAGGAAGCACCAGUGACUCGGUCAAUAAAAAAGUGCUCAGAUGAAGCAGAUGCUAAGCUACAGGACUGUUUUGCUAGCACAUACUGGAAUAUAUUCCGGGGUCCUUCCGAUGGCAUUGAGUACACCACAACAGUCACUGGCUUCAUCAAUAAGUGCAUCGAUGACGUCGUCCCCACAGUGACUGUACGUACAUACCCCAACCAGAAGCCAUGGAUUACAGGCAACAUCCGCACUGAGCUAAAGGGUAGAGCCGCCGCUCUCAAGGAGCUGGACUCUAACCCGGAAGCUUAUAAGAAAUCCCGCUAUACCCUCCGAUGAACCAUCAAACAGGCAAAGCGUCAAUACAGAACUAAGAUCGAAUCGUACUACACCUUCUUCGACGCUCGUCGGAUGUGGCAGGGCUUGCAAACUAUUAGACUACAAAGGGAAGUACAGCCGUGAGCUGCCCAGUGACACAAGCCUACCAGACGAGCUAAAUUACUUCAAUACUCGCUUCGAGGCAAGUAACACUGAAACAUGCAUGAGAGCAUCAGCUGUUCCGGACGACUGUGUGAUCACGCUCUCCGUAGCCGAUGUGAGUAAGACCAACUGGCACGUGUCUUCACUGACAUCUUCGACCUCUCCCUGUCUGAGUCUGUAAUACCAACAUGUUUCAAGCAGACCACCAUAGUCCCUGUGCCCAAGAACACUAAGGUAACCUGCUUAAAUGACUACCGACCCGUACCACUCACAUCUGUAGCCAUGAAGUGCUUUGAAAGGCUGGUCAUGGCUCACAUCAACACCAUUAUCCCAGAAACCCUAGACCCACCCCAAUUUGCAUACUGCCCCAACAGAUCCACAGAUGAUGCAAUUUCUAUUGCGCUCCACACUGCCCUUUGAAAACAUUUGGCAUGGGUCCUCAGAUCCUCAAAGUUCUACAGCUGCACCAUCGAGAGCAUCCUGACUGGUUGCAUCAUCACCUAGUAUGGCAACUCUUGGCCUCCGACCGCAAGGCACUACAGAGGGUAGUGCGUACGGCCCAGUACAUCACUGGGGCCAAGCUUCCUGCCAUCCAGGACCUCUAUACCAUGCAGUGUCAGAGGAAGGCCCAAAAAAUUGUCAAAGACUCCAGCCACCCUAGUCAUAGACUUCUCUCUGCUACCACACGGCAAGCGGUACCGGAGCGCCAAGUCUAGGUCCAAGAGGCUUCUAAACAGCUUCUACCCCCAAUUAGCAGUGCCCCCCCCCCCCCCCUCCCCCCCUCUUUACGCUGCUGCUACUCUGUUUAUUAUCUAUGCAUAGUCACUUUAAUAACAUAUUACCUCAACUAACCAGUGCCCCUGCACAUUGACUCUGUACAGGUACCCCCUGUAAAUAGCCUCGCUAUUGUUAUUUGUACUGCUGCUCUUUUAAUUAUUUGUUACUUUUAUUAUUAUUUUUUUGGGGGGGGUGGGGGGUAUUCUUUCUUAAAACUGCGUUGUUGGUUAAGGGCUUGUAAGUAAGCAUUUCACUGUAAGGUCUGUUGUAUUCGCAUGUGACAAAUUACAAUUUGAUUUGAACAGAGGCUGGGUUGGGGUGUGUUCCAAUUGCCACACUAGCAUACCACUUAAAAUGAAACAAUGUACUGGCCAUGUUUUUACAUAGACAGAAACACUCACACACUCCCCCACAAUGUCACCAGUCUUCAGGCACAGAGGGAGUUUCAUCCCCAGUACAUCCCAGAACUGGCCCUCUCCCCAAACACCCCCUGCAUCAGUUUAGUUGGCCUUAACUCUGCUCUGUUGCCAUCUUGGCUGCUGCUGCCACUAGCAUCUCAUCAUUACAUGAAGCGUGAUGGCUCUCUGCUACUGCGUAGACCGUCCCCCAGGGGCAACUCAGAGCCUGUGUAGUACCAGGUAGAUGGAUGUAGGGCCAGUAAUUUCAGAAGCGAUUACAAGUGUUUGUGCUGUGAGCAUGUGAUAAUGUUAGUUUUGGCUGCACUCCUGUACUUCUUGGCUGUGUAUCUAUGAACUACAGUGUAGGAGCAAAUUGCCUUGUAAAGCAAUACACACCACAUCACAGUCGGCAGAUCUGUAAACUUUUCAACUCUUAGCUGUAUAGAAUUGUUGCACCUUGAGUUGAACAACAUAAGUCAAGUCAGUUUAAGCUGUAUAUAAUAUGUACCCUUAAACAUCCUCUACAUACCUUGAAUGCUAGCCUAUUCGUUUGAAUGAAUUAAUCAAGUUAUGUCACAUUCACCAUCUCUCCUCCAAACCUUGACUGUUAUUCAUUUGAAUGCAUCUCUUUGUCCUUCUAUGCUUCGGCAUACAGGUAUGAUUGGUUCAAGGACUUGAAUCUGAAGUGGUACAGCCUGCCUGCUGUAUCUAGCAUGCUGCUAGAGGUGGGGGGGCUGGAAUUCACCGCCUGCCCCUUCAGUGGCUGGUACAUGGGCACAGAGAUCGGAGUCAGGGACUUCUGUGACAGCUCUCGCUACAACAUCUUGGAGGUAUUAUGA